AUGAGGAGUUUACUGUUCUUUCGACGAACAAUUGCAACACUAUGUGGUCGACCGCGUAUAGCUGUCAUCGGCUCGGGACCUGCAGGAUUAUAUGUUUGCUCUGGAAUUUUACGUCGACUACCUUCUUGUCAAAUUGAUGUUUUUGAUAAAAAUCCGACACCGUAUGGUUUGGUACGUUAUGGUGUUGCACCUGAUCAUCCGGAAACGAAGAACUGUAUAAAUUAUUUUAAUAAAAUGUUUAAUGAUAACAAAGAUCGACUAUCAUUAUUUUGUAAUGUUGCUGUUGGCACUGAUUUGACUUUCAACGAACUCUGUUCUGACUAUGAUGUUGUUGUGCUUGCUUAUGGUGCCAGGCAUCAGCGACGACUUAAUAUUCCUGGGAUUGAUUCAAAAAAUGUUUUUUCUGGUGGAGAUUUCGUAUCGUGGUAUAACUCUUUACCCGGUUCAAGAGUGCCCGAGCUUGACUGUUCCAAUGCGGUCAUUAUUGGACAUGGAAAUGUUGCUUUGGACUGUGCUCGUAUAAUCCUUCUUGCCGGUAAUGAUCGACUAUUUCAUACCGAUAUAACAAGUUCAGUACUUGAUCAUCUUUCUCAAUCUUCUAUUCGUAAUGUGUCAAUCAUUGGUAGAAGAGGGCCCUUGGAUGUAUCUUUCACUAUUAAGGAAUUACGGGAACAAAUAAAACUGCCUAAUUGUUCUUUUGCCAUUGAAAUGUCCUCGUCGGACCAAGAUUUGAUAAAUGAAUCGUUAAAUUCAUUAUCUAGGCCAAAAAAGCGAAUUACUGAAUUAAUGCUUAAAAGUAUGAAUAUUUGUCCUAGCGAUGCCAGUCGGCAUUGCCAGCUGCUAUUUAGGCGAUUGCCUAUUGAGGUACUAGCUAACAGUUCGGGGCGUGUUCGAGGCGUUAGAAUAAAAAAUUCUUUAACUGAUGAAAUAGAAGAAAUGGAAUGCGGGCUAUUGAUUCCCAGUAUUGGUUAUAAGAAUAUAGUGCUAGAUGGUGUACCAACGGAUAUCAAUGGUCGUAUAGAUCUUAUAGAUUCUAUGCGUGUUCGAACUUGUAAUGAUGCACUUGUUUAUGCUUCUGGUUGGUGCGCUCAUUUGCCAAAAGGUGUCAUUGCCAAUACUUUGCUGUAUCAUUGGCAGAUUGAAUCGACUGGUGUUGCUGCUCAGAUCUGUGCAGAUCUAGAAAAAAAAGAACUUCGAUCAGCGCUAGAAAGUAAUCCCUAUGAUCGACUUAAAGCUCGCGGUGUAUUAUACGUUUCUUGGGAACAAUGGCAAAAAAUUGAUGAAAAAGAACGAAAACUUGGCAAAAGUCGUGGCAAAGAAAGAGAGAAAAUCUUAGAUUUUUAA